AUGCUGGCCCAAGCUGCACUGGUGGGUGGAUGGAAUGACGGGUAUAACAGCCCUGGGGGAUACUUGAGCGCACUGCCAAAGAACUUUCAAGACCAGAGAUUCCACAAACGAGAUUCGUCGGGGUCCUCUGUAACGUCGGUUGGCCCGCCUUCGCCUCUCAACCACAAUACUAUAUACCCCCACAUCGUCGCCACAUCUGACUCGAGUUUUCCACCUGCUUACGACUUUGACUACUCACAAACUCCACACACAGCCAAGUCAGAAACUCCGAUGAUGUAUCCGGGAAACUUUGGCCCCGUCGACAUGAGGAGGAUACAAUCGACAGGCGCCGACGAACGUGCGUCAUAUGGUCUGUCUGCGCCUCAGUCGGUGUCGACAAUGAGUCACAAUUCUCCAGCGACACCGCAGACUACAUAUGAACCCGAGUACGACGUGAAGCGCGAAUAUGGUGAGAGCAAGAGCGCAGUCGACGACAUGGUCGAUUACUUACAAUUCGAGUCAGGGUACACCAACGCAUACCAGCAAUCAUUACAGGAUGUCUUUCCUGACCAGCAUUUUGCCAACCCAAUGGCCUACUCGCAACCGCCUCAGCAGAACAUGCAGCGUUUGCCCGUCAAUUCCCACAGGCAGAACAUGAUGGCCGAAAGACUUCAAGCAGCACAGCAAGAUCACUUGCGAACGAACUCACCCACCUCGAACCCCCGGGACAAGUCCCCUUUCAGGCAGAACUCGCCGUACAGCAUGCCCGCUCCUGCACAAAGACCGCAACCUACGCUACAGAAACAACGUACCUCGAUAUCACCGAAGGAGUUGAUGCUGGACGAGCAUGACCUUGACGAUCACGCGACGCCGUUGUUUGCUCCAGAUCAGUCACAAUCUAUGUUCGCAAACCGUAGAAACCCAUCGAAUCUUUCGAGUUUCUACACGCCGACAAGCGAGCAAUCGAUGCAAAUGCCGCAACAAUAUCCCUUCGUCAGUCAGCCGUCACGGCAGUCUACGCAGGCGGGAAUGCAGGACGUCACGCCGGAUUUUCCGGCUCACAUGAUCUCGAUGGAAUCAACGGCGGACGAAGCGUCGGAGCCUUCUGGUAGUCAACAGUCGAUGCAGAAGCCUAGGCUCCAGCCACAAGUCCAAAGUGCUGCGCCCCAGCACCAACAGACACCACAGCAGCGACCGGUCGACACGUCAUCUGACGCAGGCACAUACUCGUGUACGUAUCACGGUUGUCACCUGAGGUUCGAUACGCCAGCCAAACUGCAGAAACACAAGAGAGAAGGCCAUCGACAGGUGUCACCUUCUGCAUCGCCCAACCUGGCUCUGCGCAACUCGCAAGCCGGACCUCACCGCUGCGACCGGAUUAAUCCUAGCACGGGAAAGCCUUGCAACUCAAUCUUCUCCCGGCCUUACGAUCUCACGAGGCAUGAGGACACGAUUCACAACAACCGCAAAAUGAAGGUCCGGUGCCACUUGUGCACGGAGGAGAAGACCUUCUCGCGUAAUGAUGCGCUUACACGACACAUGCGCGUGGUCCACCCCGAUGUUGACUGGGUUGGCAAGCAAAAGCGAAAGAGCGCAAAAUGA